AUGGCAGACGAAACUUCCGAACCCGUCCCCCAAUUUGGCUUCAAGAAGCGUUCCAAACCAAAGGCCAAUAUGCGCAAGAAGCCCGCCACUCCGCCGCCCGCCUCCGAUUCAGACUCUGGCUUUACCUCCUCCGAUGACGAAGAAGGCCGUCGCAUUAAGAGACGCCGCAAAAAUGUCGCCGUGACUGCUUCCUCCGCUGCCAAUGUUAGGAAAGACAAGGGUGUCGAACAACCAGCCAGUGCCGCUCCAGUUCCCUUGACCUCCAGUAACGAUGCGACCAAAGCUCGCCCGGGGAAUGCAGACGCUGGUGAUGAUGCGACCCAAGACGGAACAUACAAGGGAUCGGCCAACUACCAAUCCUUCAUUCAAAAGAACCCGGAUGCGCCAAACAAGAAGUUUGGUCCAAUAAAGGCGUCUACAAAUGUGCGAACGGUCACUGUGAUGGAUUUUGCCCCGGAUGUGUGCAAGGAUUACAAGCAGACUGGAUUCUGUGGUUUCGGAGAUUCUUGUAAAUUCCUCCAUGCACGCGAAGACUACAAACAAGGCUGGGAGCUGGAUCGUGAUUGGGAAGUCGGGACCAAUGGGAAAAAGUUAAACGGAAGAGUGGUGUCGCAAAGGAAGGGCGCCGGAAAAGCAGCUGAAGACGAGGAAGAUGAUGACGAUGACGAAUUGCUUGAGAGUAUUCCUUUUGCCUGCAUAAUCUGCAAAAAGUCCUACGACACCCCCAUCAUCACGAAAUGCGGUCACUAUUUCUGCGAGUCUUGCGCUUUGCAGCGGUAUCGCAAAAAUCCAAACUGUGCAGCUUGCGGGGCAGGUACCGGAGGAGUUUUCAAUGUCGCGAAGAAGCUUAAUGCGCUCCUGGAUAAGAAGCGCGAACGGGCGCGCAAGGCACGCGAGAAGGCAAUAGCCGAGGGGGAGGAGGUCAGCGACGAGGAGGAGGGGACGAUUGAAAAAUUGCGCUUGAGACUGUGCAGCUGGACUGCAUAA